AUGCGGGAUACACCGUCCAAGUUCAUUGAGAUCCUCGAUCCCAAGGACUCGCCUUUACGUUCUGACUCUGAUCUCGAUGUCCGCCUCGAAGACGUCCUCGCCGAUCACGAAGCCACUAUCGGUGGCCGUACGCGCUCCUCUACACAAUCCUCCAAGUCGAUGGAGAAAGAACAAUUAUCCCGGACUAGUUCUGCUUCCCCGACUCAACGCUGGAAACGCUUCAGCAAUAUGCUGGCACAACCACGACGGAACUCAUAA